AUGACGUCUUCUUCUAACGAGGCGCCAGUGCUGGAGUCGGCCUGUGAUCGCGUGAGCGUAGGGCUGCGCAUCCGACCGCUGAAUUCGAUAGAACUGGAAUCAAAAUCAGUGGCUGUCAUGGUCGAGGAAGCUGGUUUGAAGGUUGUGCAGCUUAAUGAUGUGGGGAAAGAUCGAAUGUCUGAGCACAGCUACGAUGCCGUGUUUGGACCGGCGGUGAGUACAGCACGUGUCUACCAAUCGAUUGCUUCACCGCUUGUACAAAACACUCUCGACGGCUACAACUCUACGAUAUUUGCAUAUGGUCAAACUUCUUCGGGGAAAACGCACACAAUGGUUGGUAGCGAUGCCGACCCAGGUGUACUGAAACUUUCUAUGAAAGAAAUAUUUGGCAACCUUGAAUCCAAGAUUGCAUCGAACGAGAGCCUUGUGCGAGUAUCAUACCUUGAACUCUACAAUGAAGAGAUUCGUGACCUCUUGCGCCCAAGGGAAGGAACGAAACACCAAAUUACAGAAGAUCCGACGCGUGGCCCUGUGGUGAAUGACCUG